CAAAAGAAACAAAGUUCAACAAGUAGAAAUCAGAUUAAUGAACGUAUAGUACAAGAAGAUGAAGUAAGCUAUUUAAUGCCUGAGAGUGACCUUGAUUCAAGCAUGCUGAUAGAAAUUGAUGAUGACAGAGGUGAAAGCCUUAUCUACGAAAUUGGUAACCUUGAAGAACUUGUAACAACAUAUUUUGUAAAUAAUGAAGAGAAUGAGCACAUUGAAUUUUUAGCUAUAAUUGAACUAAAUAGUGAAUUUAUUAAAGAAGCUUUAUUAAAUAAAAUAAAUUCAAAUAAUGCCAAUAGUCAAA